AGAGAAGACGGCCCCUCUCUCGGCCCGGCCAUCUUGUGGGAAGAGCUGAAGCAGGCGCUCUUGGCUCGGCGCGGCCCGCUGCAAUCCGUGGAGGAACGCGCCGCCGAGCCACCAUCAUGCCUGGGCAUUUACAGGAAGGCUUCGGCUGCGUGGUCACCAACCGAUUCGACCAGUUAUUUGACGACGAAUCGGACCCCUUCGAGGUGUUGAAGGCAGCAGAGAACAAGAAAAAAGAAGCCGGCGGGGGCGGUGUUGGGGGCCCUGGGGCUAAGAGCGCAGCUCAGGCCGCAGCCCAGACCAACUCCAAUGCGGCAGGCAAACAGCUGCGUAAAGAGUCCCAGAAAGAACGCAAGAACCCGCUGCCGUCCAACGCCGGCGUGGCUGACAAGAAAGAGGAGACGCAGCCGCCCGUGGCGCUUAAGAAAGAAGGAAUAAGACGUGUUGGAAGAAGACCUGAUCAACAACUUCAGGGUGAAGGGAAAAUAAUUGAUAGGAGACCAGAACGGCGACCACCUCGUGAAAGACGAUUUGAAAAGCCACUUGAAGAAAAGGGUGAAGGAGGAGAAUUUUCAGUUGAUAGACCGAUUAUUGACCGGCCUAUCCGAGGCCGUGGUGGUCUUGGAAGAGGUCGAGGAGGACGUGGACGCGGAAUGGGCCGAGGAGAUGGAUUUGACUCUCGUGGCAAACGUGAAUUUGAUAGGCAUAGUGGAAGUGAUAGAUCUUCUUUCUCACAUUACAGUGGUCUGAAGCACGAGGACAAACGUGGAGGUAGCGGAUCGCACAACUGGGGAACUGUCAAAGAUGAAUUAACAGAGUCCCCAAAAUACAUUCAGAAACAAAUAUCUUAUAAUUGCAGUGACUUGGAGCAACCAAAUGUGACUGAGGAAACACCAGAAGGUGAAGAACAUCCAGUUGCAGACACUGAAAAUAAGGAAAACGAAGUUGAAGAAGUAAAGGAAGAGGGUCCAAAAGAAAUGACUUUGGAUGAGUGGAAGGCUAUUCAAAAUAAGGACCGGGCAAAAGUAGAAUUUAAUAUACGAAAACCAAACGAAGGUGCUGAUGGUCAGUGGAAGAAGGGAUUUGUUCUUCAUAAGUCAAAGAGUGAAGAGGCUCACGCUGAAGAUUCGGUUAUGGACCAUCAUUUCCGGAAGCCAGCAAAUGAUAUCACGUCUCAGCUGGAGAUCAAUUUUGGAGACCUUGGCCGCCCAGGACGUGGUGGCAGGGGAGGACGAGGUGGCCGUGGGCGUGGAGGACGUCCAAACCGAGGCAGCAGGACUGACAAGUCAAGUGCUUCUGCUCCUGAUGUAGAUGACCCAGAGGCAUUCCCAGCUCUGGCUUAACUGGAUGCCAUAAGAUAACCCUGGUUCCUUUGUGGACCCUACUUCUCUGAGGUUUUGCAUGCUUAAGGAUCCCAACCGUCUAAGAAAUUAAAAAAAAAAAAAAAAAAAAGACUGUCAUUCAUACCAUUCACACCUACAGACUGAAUUUUAUCUGUUUUGAAAAUGAACUUCUCUCGCUACACAGAAGUAACAAAUAUGGUAGUCAGUUUUGUAUUUAGAAAUGUAUUGGUAGCAGGGAUGUUUUCAUAAUUUUCAGAGAUUAUGCAUUACUUCAUGGAUAUUUUGUAUUGCUGCUUGCAAAUAUGCAUUUCCAAACUUGAAAUAUAGGUGUGAACAUGUGUACCAGUUUAAAGCUUUCACUUCAUUUGUGUUUUUUAAUUAAGGAUUUAGAUGUUCCCCCAGUUACAGACCGGUUUUAAAUAUUGGACAUAAUAUCCGUUUUAGUACCUGCUUUGCAUUUACACAUAUGGUCAACUGGGACAUGUAAACUCUGAUUGUCAAAAUUUAUGCUAUGUGGAAUACUAAUGACUUUACGUAUUUUAA